GGAUUCUUUCCUACUACUAGCUAGUUGACUGGCCGAACGGGUUGUUCGCGUUAGCCGUACUGUUCUGCUGAAACAGAGAUGGAGUGUUGACGCUUGCUGCGUUUAAAACCAAGUCAUUCAUAUAGGAAGAAACGCGUUAAUAUUUGCGUCGAGAACCCGAUAAAAUGAUUUAUACUAGAGAGAAAGCACUGGGCGGGUUUGACUAUGCGUUUCAUGCUGCUGUUCAGUCGGCAGGGGAAGCUGCGUCUCCAGAAGUGGUACACUGCCACGGCUGAGAGGGACAAGAAGAAGAUGGUCAGGGAACUGAUGCAGGUGGUCCUGGCCCGCAAACCCAAAAUGAGCAGCUUCCUGGAGUGGAGGGACCUCAAGAUCGUCUACAAGAGGUAUGCCAGUCUGUAUUUCUGCUGUGCGGUGGAAGAGCAGGACAACGAGCUCAUUACUCUGGAGGUCAUCCACCGCUUCGUAGAGCUGCUGGAUAAGUACUUCGGCAGUGUUUGUGAGCUGGACAUCAUCUUUAACUUUGAGAAGGCCUACUUUAUACUGGAUGAGUUUCUGAUCGGGGGAGAGAUCCAGGACACGUCCAAGAAGAGUGUACUUAAGGCCAUCGAACAGGCCGACCUAUUGCAGGAGGAGGAUGAAUCACCCAGGAGUGUUCUAGAGGAGAUGGGUCUGGCAUAGUGACAGCAGGGUACUCUGCUCACAACACUUUAUCAGGCUACAGACAAAGACUCUUUGGGUUCCAGGUGCAGGGGGGAGGAAAGGGGGUUUGUGAUGUGGGUGUGUAUGGGGAGGGGGUAAAUGGAGGGGUUUGGGUUAAGCGGGGGUCCGAUGAGAUUCACACCUUUGACGUUCUGGUACUACUGAAUUCAAAGCAUUGCUGACAUUAAUUGUAUAUUAUCAUGAUGGUUUAAGGUUGCAAAAUGAACUUUCCCAAAAUUCUCAAGUUUUCCAGAAAUCCUGUAUGGUGGAUUCUGGAUUUGUUGUUAAAUCCUGUCUGAUUCCUGGGGUUAUACAACUAUUUUAGGAUAACCUGGGAAUUUUUGGGAAGUUACCGGAAUAUUGCAACCGUAAUGUAUAUUAGCUCUGAAAAUCAUUCCACUUUUGGCUGGAAGAUGUAUCUAUUACUACUGUAAUGUAACCCAGAUUUGGGUUCAAAUAGUAUCUGAAAAUCCUUCAAGUACUUCCCGCGUUUGCUUUGGCCUGCCUGGAGACCAUUCUAUUGGUUCCAUUGUGCCAGGAAGCUUAAUCAAGCUCGACUUUAAGUAUUUGAAAUAGUUUUAGAACCCAGGUCUGAUUUGACCUUUGACAUUUCCCUCAAAAGAGGCAAGUCAGAACACAUCUCAACCCUUUUUAUAGUUGGGGAUGCAAUUAAACAUUAAAACAUCACUGACCAGAUUACUUUUGAUCAGACUAGGGUUGCGUUGCCAAAUGGCAACCUAUUCCCUAUAUAUAGUGCAUAUGGGCUCUGGUCAAAGUAGGGCACUACAUAAGGAAUAGGGUGCCAUUUGGGGGACAUGAAUUUGUUUUUAAAUAAAUUGCUGUUUUAAAAUGUUUUGUAUAUGAAUCACAUGUUAUGAGAUUAUUAUUAAUUAUAGUAAUAUAAUACGUUUGCUGUUUUUAAGGGAACACAUUGAUUGUCUGCGUUGGUGAGCUUUGUUGAACCUAUAGUAGGAUCUUGUCAGGGAACAAAAAGAAGUAACCUUGACAUUCAUAUAAAGAGGAAGGGAAACAAUCUGAAAAUGAUUCUACCCAAAAUUCCACUUCCAUCCAGAGUUCCUUUAGAAUUCUAGUUCUGUGUUCUAUUCCGGAACUGUUUCAGACCAUCUCUCUGUCUUGCUCUCUCUCGCCCAGGCUUUCUUGUGUUGAGCAACUAACCUAUGGAGAAGUCUGUGCUGUUUUAGCACUUGUGUGGAUGUGCUAACAUGAAUGUGUUUAGAGGGUGCAACGUGAUGGUAUAUGAUGAUGAUGAUGAUGAUUCAACUUAGUUAAAACGAACACAGGGCAAAAAAUAGUGUCAGUUUGUUUUUGAGCUGCAAUGCAUAAAAAUGUGAACUACUUUAA